AUGCCGCAAGCUGACAAGUUGGAUGUCUUUCCGCAAGAAUCAUCUACAUUCCUGGCCCUUGUUAUCAGACAACCCGCCCUUGAAGGAAAAGUUGAAACCACAUCGCUCAUACUGCUGGCGCUUGUGUUUGCGCACUCUGCUCGUCUUCUUCGUUAUGCUGUGAGUAAAAUUCCGAGCCAAGCUCCAAUCCCUGCCCUUUUCACUCUCUUCUUCCUGCAGAAUCGCCGAACUUAUCCUUUUUUCAAAAAAUAUAGCGGUGUCAUUCAAUUCAUCUCCCUGGCUUUUGGCAUUGCUCUGUCGUUCUUCCCUGACGAAUAUGACCGUGCCGCGAGUAUCUGGAAGCAUGGCGUCGCCGAUCACAUCGAGGGCGACGCCUCGCACUGGCCAACCGAUCGCUCACGCGAAAUCAUUGCUGUCAACUGUCAUUCGCACAAUGACUACUGGCGCAAGAUCCCGCUCUUCUCCGCGCUGCAGGCUGGCUGUGUAGGCGUCGAGGCGGACGUCUGGCUCUUCGAUGAAGAGCUGUACGUCGGUCAUACCACGUCUUCUCUAUCCUCGCGCCGAACUCUACGCUCCUUAUACAUUGACCCGCUGGUUGAGAUUCUCAACCAGCAGAAUCCUGCGACGCCUUUCCGUCGUAUUCUCGACACCCCUGUCCGUGGUGUCUUCGAUGCAGACCCCAAUCAAUCGGUCGUUCUUCUGAUCGACUUCAAAACGGACGGCGCGGCGACUUGGCCUGCUGUCGCUGAGGAACUUGCUCCGCUCCGGGAUCGAGGGUAUCUGACUUACUUUAAUGGGAAUGAGAUUAUCCCGGGGCCCGUCACUGUCGUUGGAACGGGGAAUGCGCCUUUCAAUCUCGUCACAGCUAACUCCACCUAUCGAGAUAUCUUCUUCGACGCUCCACUCGAGAAGCUCGUUGACGAGGACAACAACGACGAAGAUCCUCUUGAAGGCUCAUCAUCUGGCUCUGGACAAGGCCACACUGGCAUGCCCGACACGCUCCGCCCAAAUACAUUCAAUAUAACGAAUAGCUACUACGCCUCUGUCUCAUUCAAGAAGGCCGUCGGGUUCCCUUGGCCUUUUCAUUUCACGCAGCGCCAGAUGGACAUUAUUCGGGACCAGGUCCGGGUUGCGCAUCGGCAUGGGUUGAAAGUGCGAUACUGGUCGGUUCCGAGCUGGCCGGUCAGUUUGCGGAAUCAUAUUUGGAGAAUCCUUGUCCAGGAGGGCGUGGAUAUUCUCAAUGUGGAUGACUUGGUUACGGCUACCAAGGGUGACUGGAAGAUACCGAUCUUCGAUUGGUGGAUUUGA